AUGAAUUGUAAAGACAUUUCAUUAUUGUGGCGUUAAUGUUGAUUAAUUAACUUUUUUUUAAUCAAAAAGUGUCAGAUUUGAGUUUUAUAGAAAUGGAAAUCAUUUUAGUGAAGAGGGAGUUCUGAAUUUUAUGAAAGUUUAUCUAUUUGAAAACGUGUUUAGAUAUUUUUGAAAGAGAAUAUAAUUGAAAAAGAAUUGUGAGUCCUAAGAAAGUUUUGAGUUUUAAGAAUAAAACUCAUAUGAUUAUGAAUUUUGAAAUUUGAACAACUUUACAAAUUCUGAAUUUGACCCAAAAAUAAAUAAAAUUAAGUAACACAUUAAUGCAUCAUAUAAGAUCUAUCCAGUUGAAAGAUAACUUAAAUUCCACGACAGAAUUGUCUGUAUAGUUACGAUCAAGGUUUAAAUAUUAUUUGAGUGACUGAAAAGCUAAUUUAUUGAUAAAACAGUAGGGCAUACACCUCUAAAGACUGCUGGGUAAACGUCACUUAGAAUGCAACGUUAAACAUAAUGUACAAGACCUUUAAUCUCGCACUUAUAAAUACUUGAACAAGGCAGGCUUGAUCAUUGAAGCCUUCACUUUCUGAAAGAAAAAAGCUGAGGGAUCAUAAUAUUCAGGAUGAGGUCAUUGGUUGUAGUUGCAGUUGUUCUUAGCAUUAUGAAUGCAGGUGUUUAUGGAGCAGACCCUGAUCCUCUUACAGACUUCGCUCCUGGACUAAAAACCUUCACUCUCCGCGACAUUUUCUCUAAUGGAGAUGUUAGUGUCGAUUCCGGAGGAGUACGUGCUGCCACUUCAGUCGCCAAGUUUCCUGCAGCAGCAUCACAGGGCCUGCAAUAUGUGAGGUUCAAGAUGGUUCCAUGUGGGGUAAAUUUACCGCAUACUCAUCCACGAGCCACAGAAAUGCUUACUCUUAUCUCGGGAGGGCCUCUUCAAGUUGGUUUUGUUGACACUCAAGCUUUCAUUGAUAUUCUGCAUCCUGGAGAUGUCACCAUAUUUCCGAGGGGAACAAUGCAUUUUGAGAUUAAUAUUGGAUUUAAAGAAGCUGACUAUAUCUCUGCUCUCAACAGUCAAAAUCCUGGUGUUCUGACAAGCAGCGUGUCAAUAUUGAAGCUUCCAUUGACAACUGUGGCAACAGCUUUCAACAUAACCGAACGGGCUGUAAAGAAAUUAGAAUCAACGAUAUAUGCCAGUGGAAGGGGACUGAAGAAAACGUCCAAAAGCGGUUGUGUUCCAGGAAGAGAUAUUACUGUCGACUUUUAAAUUAUUUGUUAAUUUCUUGCUCUCACACAAAUAAGUGGAGUCCAUUGGGAACGAUGCUCAAUGAUUCAAUUGUUCACCAUGUGUUUUAAAGUAUUUUAUUAUUUAAUUAAAAAAAUUGAUAAUGUGGAAUGUAAUGAGAUUAUUCUUAGAAAUUAUGGAUUUUAU